AUGCCUCGCAACCACAGAGGAAUGGCCCACCUGCGCAUCCUCUCCGCUAAUGUUAGAGGCUUCCAAACGGUUUUGGGAGACCUUACACAUAGCCACAUAAUCCCACAUCAACCUGACAUAAUUGCUGCUGUGGAAACUUUCUUGAACUCUACAGUACCUGAGAAUUUUGGGAGGGUUGGUGGUUACUCCAAGUGGCACAGACGUGACAGAAUGCAUGGUUCUUUUGGAGACAUCGCCGUCUACUUUCGAAGAACACUCCAUUGGCAAGGCUCUGAACCACUUGUUUAUCUUCAAGCCAACCUGGACAACAUUCUCCAUGCAUAUUAUAUUAUAAUACUAGGGGAUUUGAACCAACACUUGGUUGAAAGAUCAUUUGAAAAGCUCCCUACUACAUUCGGGCUCACAAAUAAUGUUCAUUUCCCAACCCACAUAUCAGGCUCAUCCCUUGACCCUGUGAUUACUGAUCUAGCUGAAUCAGACGUCAGUUGUACUUCCCUGGGCACAUUUGGCUCCUCCGAUCACUUCACAGUAUUAAACAAGAUCAGCCUAAAAGCUGCCCGAGAGGGAACUUUGUCCCGUACAAUUAGGCAAUGGGAAAAGGCAGAAUGGCAAGGCAUGUGUGAUGCAUUAUCUGAAACUCCCUGGGAAGACAUUCUCACUGGCACUGUUGACAGACAAGCACUGGUCCUUACCAAAAUACUAGUCAGCCUACAAGCAAUAUAUGUACCUAACAAGACAUACAAGACAAAAUCCACAGAUCAGCCAUGGUUUGGCUACACUUGUAGAAUGGCAUCUGACAAGAAGAUGAGAGCCUGGAACCGUUAUAAGCGCUAUCCCACACAAAGCAAUAGAGAGUUUCAUGCUAUGCAAGGAUUUUCCCCUGACGACUGCACCCCCCCUCUCAACAAGCCUGAUGGAUCAGUUGCAACCUCCAGCAGAGAGAAGGCUGAACUUCUGACUUCACUCUUCUCCGAAAAGAUGAGAGUACAUGACCUUGACCGAUCUUCUCCUAGUCUGCCUCUUGUGACUCCCUCGAAGCUGAGCUCUUUCGUGAUCGCGGAAGCAGAAGUCAGGCAGCGUGUAUAUAAGGGUGAUGUCCACAAGGCCAUUGGACCCAAUAAAGUCAGUCCUCACACACUUCACAGGUCACAAAGAUCGGCUCCAGACCUACUUCUGCAUCUAACUACAAUAUGGCACCAAGCUCUUGAUACUCGCAAGGACACCUUCGUUGUUGCACUCGAUAUAGCAGGAUCAUUUUAUAGAACGUGGCAAAAGGGCCUUGCAUCGAAGCUGAAGAGCUUUGGAAUUAACGGCAAUCUACUAAUGCUACUCGAGGACUACCUCCAAGAAAGAACAUUGAGACUCAUCCCUGAAGCUUAUGCUUACGCUGACGACUGCACUCUCAAUUUCACCUACGAUACCCAAAACCGCGGCAGUUAG